AUGGAUGAGGGUGACGGGCUAUCUCCAGAGGCGGUCAAGGAGUUCCGUAAAGCAACGGACCUGGCCCUGAGAGCCACUAAGCACACUGUUCGUGCUGUAGGACGCUCUAUGGCGGGUUCGGUAGCUGCAGAGCGUCACCUAUGGCUUAAUCUCACGGAAAUUCGUGAGAAAGAGAAAGUUUUUCUCCUUGACGCCCCCAUUUCCCAAACUGGACUAUUUGGGGAGGCGAGUUUGUCCAGAAUCCUUACGAGGCAGGGCCAGACCGUUCAAACGUUUCUGCCCACCUCUAUCACACUCUCCUCACGUAGAUCUGUCACAUCCGCCCAGCAGGUUUCGGUGUGCAGUGAACGGCCAUCUUCAGUCUCUUUCAAUGUGGCAGUCGGGAGACGCAUCAAGCUCUCUCCCCCUACUUCUUGUUCCUUCGUCACCCGCGGCUCGCGUGAUAGGAGACACUUUCGGUUCUCUCCCACAGCCUUCGGUCACCGUGGACUCCACCAACCUAACCAAGGACACCAUAGGCUUUCCUUCGUGGUGGACGACAUCACCCCCUCCAGACCUUCUCGACACCCCAACUCAGAUACCAGCACCAGACGUAUCCUGAUGUCUCUUCAAACUGGUUUCCUCUGAGAGCGCUGUACCAACAUCAGAUGUUCAACUACACUGAUAUUCUAUGUUAAAACAAGC